UGAAAAAGAAGGCAAAGACAAUUAAUAAAGGGUUCCAACUUCUUCGCCAAUAUUUUUUGAUGCGAGCACAGAAUUCUUCAAACUCUUGCUCGAACGAAUCGAAUCAAAAUUGAGUGAAAAUCAUUUAAAACCCAAAUUCAACUACUUCCCAAGUUUGGGAAAUCUCUAAACUUUUUCCCCAAUUAAUUUUGGGGAGUUUGGGAUUUCUCAAAUUUGAUUUACCACUGCAGGCCGACCCUUCAACCCCAUUGUUUUCGUCCUGAUUCCGAUGUCUUUAACGUUAAACCUGAAAGGAUCGUAGUCCCCGAGAAUUGAGGAUUGAGCAUUGAGCACGCAUUUUUUUACUUCUUGACGACUGAGCACACACAUUAUGAGUGAUUUUCCAACUUUCCAUGUACGUAACAACCAAAUUAAUUCAUUUCAAUCUUUCCCUAUAAAUUCCAUUGACCCUUUUUAAACCUGUGAGACCCCAAAGAGACCCGUCAAAGCUGUUCUUCGCUCUUCUCUGAUUCUCAGCUGAAUUCAAGCCCUUGAUCUCAGCCUGUUCUGUAAUGCCAAAACAGUUAAAAGUUGACAUUUAAUUUCCUAAGAGAUCUGGGAGUAUUUGCCAUGAUGGACCAUGAGGAGGUACCCUUUACUAGAACAGAGUCUCAGGAAAUUGAGAUCCCAAUAGUAUCUGAAGGAAGUGAUGCUCUUCCUGUGCCACCCCAGUUACCUUGCUCUUCUGUUUGUGUUUUCUUCAAAAAAGAACAUUGUAGUUUGGAUUCAAGAGAACGGUCUAAGUCAGCAAAAAAACUUUGUGGACUCAUUAUUGCCUCUGUCUUGUUUAUGGUGGUGGAAAUUAUUGGUGGUGUCAAAGCCAAUAGCCUUGCAGUACUCACGGAUGCAGCCCACUUGCUCACUGAUGUUGCUGGAUUCUCCAUUGCUCUUUUCACAGUAAUGGCUUCAGGUUGGGAGGCAACAUCAUACCAGUCUUUCGGAUAUCACCGUCUUGAGGUUUUGAGUGCCCUUCUGUCUGUGCAGCUAAUAUGGCUGGUCUCUGGGAUCUUGAUAUUUGAAGCAGUUGACAGAAUCCUUCACAAAAAUGAAAAGGUGAAUGGAUUCCUCAUGUUUGAAGUUGCAGCAUUUGGAUUUCUUGUCAACUUAAUCAUGGUCAUGUGGCUCGGUCAUGAUCACACUCAUCAUGCCUGUGGAGGCUUAGGUCAUGAUCAUCAUCACGAUCAUAAUCAGGAGCAUAAUCACGAUCAUCAUCACGAUCAUCAUCACAACAGGGAGGAAGAAUAUGCAAUAAUUGAAGACGAUAAAACUAGUCUGGUAUCAAGUUCUUCAGAAAAUACUAAAAUUUUAAACAUAAACCUCCAAGGAGCUUACUUGCAUGUCAUCGCUGAUAUGAUUCAGUCUGUUGGGGUGAUGAUUGCUGGAGGCAUCAUAUGGGCAAAGCCAGAUUGGUUAGUAGUUGAUCUGAUAUGCACACUCAUAUUUUCUGUUUUUGCUGUUAGCACAACUAUAUCGAUGCUUAGAAAUAUAUAUGGCAUACUGAUGGAGAGAACACCAAGUGAGAUUGAUAUCACCAAUCUAGAAAAAGGCCUCAAGUGCAUCAAAGGGGUUGAGGAUAUUCAAGACCUACAUGUUUGGGAACUGACAGUUGGAAAAACGGUUUUGUCUUGCCAUGUAAAGGCAGAGCCGGCAGUGAGCUCUAGUCAGAUAAUUGGCAAAAUUAGGGAUUACUGUGAAAAAACUUACAGAAUACAUCAUGUAACUAUACAGAUUGAAUAGUAGACUUCAGAUUCAGCCUAUCCUCUGUUUGUUUUUUGGGUGAAAAACGUACACUUUUGUUGGAUCUUAUUAAAUUCUUACCUUUUCCUCUUAACCUUUUAA